CGUAAUUUUUUGUGACGAGAACCGUGUGCGCAUGCGUUAGCGCAGGGAAAUCGAACUUCGGCGUGCGAUACGACUCAGUGGAGCACAGCAGUCAUUCGAGAUUCUUAAUUCAUCCAGUAGAGUUGUGUUUUGUAGCUGUUGUCACGAAGUGAAAGAGGCCGAGACUUCAGUUUCGGCCGUUGGUGUAGGGAUGAUGGCGUGCAUGGCUGUUGGAAAUGGCUUGCUGAGGAGUACGCUUAAAGUUUCCCCUGUUAUUUCGGGCCCGGCAAGAUGUUUAAGUGUUACCUCUGCUGCACCUGGAAAGAAAUCAGUUGUGGACAAGACUGGGAAGAAUGUAGUUUUCGUGGAUGGGGUCCGGACACCAUUCCUGCUGUCCGGAACAGAUUAUGCCAAGUUAAUGCCACAUGAGUUGGCAAAAAAUGCAUUAUUAGAAAUUACAAGAAAGACUGGAAUACCACAGGACUUAGUGGAGUAUAUAAUAUAUGGUACAGUUAUACAGGAAGUGAAGACUAGUAAUAUUGCACGUGAUGCUGCUCUCUGUGCUGGAUAUCCAUUAAACACACCUGCCCACACUGUGACAAUGGCAUGCAUUAGUUCAAAUGUUGCCAUAACAACAGGGAUUGGUUUAAUUGCAUCUGGAGCCUUUGAAAUAAUAGUUGCUGGUGGUGUAGAAACAAUGUCUGAUGUACCCAUUAGGCAUUCACGCAAAAUGCGUAGCCUGAUGCUGAGGGCGAACAAAGCCAAAACUUUAGCGCAGAAAUUACAGCUUCUGGCAUCCAUCAGACCAGGUCACUUUGUGCCUGAGUUGCCAGCUGUAUCCGAAUUCUCAUCAGGUGAAACUAUGGGUCAUUCUGGUGACAGGCUGGCAGCUGCAUUUGGAGUCACGAGGAAAGAACAGGAUGAUUACGCUCUCCGGUCACACAAACUCGCUCAUGAAGCUCAGCAGAAGGGUUACUUUACAGAUGUAGUGCCAGUUAAAGUGCCUGGAGUUGAUGGGUUUGUGGAAAAAGACAAUGGUAUUCGUGUUUCAACCCCUGAACAACUGGCUAAACUGAAGCCUGCUUUUGUAAAGCCACAUGGGACUGUAACUGCAGCAAAUGCAUCUUUCUUGACUGAUGGUGCCUCAGCAUGCUUGAUCAUGCCUGAAGAAAAGGCAAAAUCGCUUGGAUUAAAACCAAAGGCUUACUUAAGAGACUUUGUUUAUGUCUCUCAAGAUCCUGUAGAUCAGCUGCUUUUAAGUCCCUCAUACGCAGUUCCAAAGGUUUUGGAGCGAGCAGGACUUCAGGCUAGUGAUAUUGAUGUUUGGGAAGUCCACGAGGCUUUUGCAGGACAGAUUCUUGCCAACUUGAAGGCAAUGGAUUCAGAUUGGUUUGCUCAAACUUACAUGGGCCGUUCAAGCAAAGUUGGUGCUCCUCCAAUGGAUCGUUUCAAUUUGUGGGGUGGUUCCUUAAGCAUUGGGCAUCCAUUUGCAGCAACAGGUGUGCGGUUGACUUCUCAUGCUGCAAACCGCUUAAUUCGUGAAGAUGGUCAGUUUGCCUUGAUAACUGCCUGUGCAGCUGGUGGUCAGGGUGUCGGCAUGAUUGUGGAAAGGCAUCCAGAUGCGCCAUCUUUCAAGUGAUAAGACUGUGAAACAAAGGAAGAUAUUUACUACAGUUUUGCCUGACGUACAUUUCCUUGCAUCCCCCAAAUGAUGAUUUGGGAAAACUAAACUAUGUUUGGUUAUAAAUUUAGAGAAGUGUGUACAUAGCCUAGAAGCUUUUAUGAUGUUUUCGGAACUGAUGUAUAAUACCACUGUAAAGUUAUUUAGGUAUGUGUGCAUAUGUGUAUAUUUUGAGAUACGGAACCUGAUUUUCAAUGACAAACACAACUGAGAACUGAACACAUGACGUGAUUACUUGUAUUUAUUAGUUACUUUUUCAUAACAACUUUUUCUCUAGAGUCUUUGUAUAUUUUUCUAAAGGUAUUAAAUUUUUUAUUCAAUUA